AUGCCCACAAGCCAAGAUUCUCGUUUCCCGUGCAUGGUGCCGCAGGUUCUGGACUUCAUACACACCAGCCUCUAUCACCCCACAGACGGCUAUUUCACCUCCUCUUUCUCCACCCAUUCCCCCAACUUCCCCCCCACUCCUUCCACCCUCCGCCUUCCCAAUUCCCCCCAUUCAGGUGCACAAUUUCAUCCACACCAAAACCUUCCACCCUCCGCCUUCCCCCCUCCCCUCAUUCAGGUGCGCGAUUUCAUCCACACCAGCCUCUACCAUCCCACGGACGGUCAUUUCACCCCCUCUCUCUCUACCCAUUCCCCCAACUUCCCCCCCACACCUUCCACUCCCCCCACCUUCCCUUCCUUUCCCCCUCAGGUACGCGAUUUCAUCCACACCAGCCUCUAUCAUCCCACGGACGGCUAUUUCACAUCCAACGCUGCUGCUGUGGGUUCAAUCCCGCACCCAAUCAGCUUCCGCCAGCUGGCGGGGCGACGGGAGUGGAUGGCGCUGCAGCAGUCGCUCUACGCCUCUGCUGAUACCUCCUGGUUCACUCCCUCGGAGCUGUUUCAGCCAUGGUACGGCUAUGCUGUCGCAGACUUUAUUCUCUCCUCCCACUCUCCCACCAAGCCUCUUAAGAUGUAUGAGGUGGGAGGGGGCGGAGGCACGCUGGCUCGCAACAUUCUCGACCGCCUGAAGGCGAAGGCUCCUGCUGUGUACAGGCACUGCCGAUACACCUCGGUGGAAAUCAGCCCAGCUCUCGCCCGAAGGCAAAGAGAGAGAAUCACUGGCUAUGCGUUGAAGCAUGGCAAUGCGGGUGAUUCAACUGCUUCAACUGCCACACAUACUUCAGCUGUCUCAGCAGCCACACCUGCCACACCUGCCACACCUGCCACGCCUGCCACUCCUCUUUCCGCUGCCACAGCCGCCCCAGAUUCUGGCAGUCAAGAUGGCGCCGCCUUAAGUGUUGGCAGGGCACGGCGAGGGGCCAAGGGCGCACGGGACGGCUCUGCCUCUCGUGCUGCUUUGAAUGGUGCUGCUUUGAAUGGUGCUGCUUUGAAUGGUGCUGCUUUGAAUGGUGCUGCUUUGAAUGGUGCUGCUCGGCGCUCCCCCUCGCUUGAGUUGGUGCACUCCGUGGCGGUGUUUGAUGCUGCUGAUGUGUGCGGCUGGGUGGGAGGACGGGAGGAGGGGGGUGUGUGUCGGGGGAGUGAGGGACGGGUGGGUGAGGAGAUGGGAGACAGGGAAGGGAGGGGUGUGAGUGGGGUGGGUGCAUUGGUGCAUGUGUUUGGCACUGCUCGCACCAAGCGGUGCAGUGUGUUUGGGAUAAGGUGCGCCAUCCAACGAUCCAUGCUUCAUUCUCUUAUUCGAGGUGCUGGACAAUCUGCUGCACGACAGGGUUCAGUGGAGCAGGGAGGGCAGCGAGUGGAGAAACACUAUUUUCGUUGCCUCUUCUCACUCAUUUGCCCAUGCACCUCCCAUGCACCUCCCAUGCACCUCCCAUGCACCUCCCAUGCACCUCCCAUGCCCCUCCCAUGCACCUCCCAUGCCCCUCCCAUGCACCUCCCAUGCCCCUCCCAUGCACCUCCCAUGCCCCUCCCAUGCACCUCCCAUGCCCCUCCCAUGCACCUCCAAUCCAUUGCCCAUUCACCCUGCCCUCUCCCCCCUGCCGGGUGCCCUCAGGUGUUGGACAACCUACCACACGACAGGAGGGUUAUCUGGCUGCCCACGGGAUGCCUGCGUCUACUGGAGGCCAUAUACACAGCGCGCCCCAACGCCACUGUCAUCGCUGCUGACUUCUCUGUGCUGCCCGACGUGCGAAUCCCAGGCGCCAACGCCCCCCUCGUGGCUGCCAAGGUGAGGCAGUGA